AUGAGAUUCGCUUUAUUUCUUCUCCCCGUGGCCUCGUGUCUCAACAUAUUGAUGUCGUCCACAGAUUCCUGGGUGUCGAAAAACCCAAGAUAUCUAUAUCGUGCUUUGAUAGAAGAGGGCCACAACGUGAUGUACGUGGGCCCACUACAUUCCCACAUUGAUAACCAUGAGAGCGAAAAGGACCAGUUACUCAGGCGCUCGACAAGCGGUGGUGACUUUGGCCACUUGACGGAAGCUCUGCAAGAGUACUACAGAAACAACCGCAAGUUCAAGGUAUUGGCCAGAGGAGCCAAGAAUGUUGUGCGCAGAAAAGACUCACUGGAGUUUGACGCUUACUUUGAUUCACAGACACUAGUAUCGGAAUCAUCUAUCGGGCAGGACCCGUUGAAUAGGGAUUUCUGGUAUGUCGACGGAACGCCUUUCCAAUCGCUCUCUGUUGCCCUCACUGAGAUUAUACCAAAGCAUGCCGCUACCUUUCAACCCGACUUGAUUAUCGUCGGCCCCAACGAAGGACUUCAUUUGAGCACCAGCUCAGAGAAUACUGAGAUGGGUUUUACGAUGGAGGACUUAUCCGCCAAGGAAAAUCAAGUGGAAAGUAUGGUGCAACUUGCAAAAGUACACAAGUACCCCGUGAUUUCUGUGUCUACAGAAGAUAACCACCACAUUUACUUUGAGAACGAGGAGUACUUCAACGUCGAAGAGGCUAAAUAUGAGGAUUUGUUCAAAGACAACGUUGUUGCACAGAAUGUCAAGUUUGUCAAUGAAAAAGUCAUUCUGCUUGUUGAGAAAAUGGCACUUAGCCUUGAUGGCUUCUUGUCCCUCAAUGUGAACUUCCCUUCCAUCAACCACAAGUCUUCGUCCUGUUUCACACAUGGUUCUUCGGCACCUGAUUUUGUUCAGGUUGUUCGUAAGAAUCCUAAUUCUGGAGGCGUUUACGGAAAGAUCUUGACCGUUCCUCAAGUGAUUAUCGAAAAUGAUUCUGUUGUCGUCGGAGACAUGCUUCACUACAAGCUCUCAGAGGAGUUAGAGAACGCAGAAGAAAUCUCCGACGUCGAACAAUUACGCAUAAAACAUCUCUUACUGAGUGGAUCGCUCUCCCGAAGCUCACACAAACAACACGAAACUGUCAAUCGUGAAGAACUCCAAGCUUUGAAAAAAUGCAAGAUUGCAGUAUCUGUCAACCACCUUACAAAGGGUAACAAUCUUGACAAAACAAGCUUGAACAUCCACUCUAAAAAUUAG